UAUGAGCAGUGCACGCCAGUGUGAACAGUCCCGAAGCGAGACGAAUUAGAACAAGAAUAACAUCGAGAACGACGAUGAGAAUGAAUAUGGAGUUUUGACCUACAUAUGCCCAAAUUAUGCCCGAAACAUGUAACGACAACAAAUAUUCAUAUACCGGAAGUCCCGCCCUCUCUAUCCCCGGUAACGCGGAUUUGGUCAAUCCUGUCCCAGACGGUCCGAGAGGAAAACGCUGCGAACGAGGUUAGUCAGCGCCAGCAGGUCUUCUUCGGCGGUGGAGUCGCAGGGAUACUUUUUCACCUUUGCAAGCAACUGAUGCUAUUAUCGCUUGGAGUUUACUAACGUGUUAUUAAUGGGAACAUUUGGAUGCCGUUAAAGACGAAGUCUGAAUAACUAAUCUCGCAGUAUUUCCAUCGCUGCAGACGAACCGCCAGCCUCUCCUCUGUGAGGUGAGAUGGUUCCUCAAAACACAGAUCUACUGUACCGGGAACAGUGGCCUGCUCUCUGAGCUCAUCUACCGGUGGAUCGACGGGAUCUAUUCACAGUGAUUUCAUAUUGUUCACGGUGUAGCGUCACCAUCAGGAGAUCCUGAUCAGUAACCAGCAGAACCACUCGGAGGUCGAGGAAGCGACAGGAUAACCAGGAGGAGAUGGAGCCAUGCAAAGCUGGGGGGGUGAUCGCCUUCAUCAGCUCGGCCUCCAGCCCAGAGUCCUGCCACAGCGACCCACCCGGCCGCCCGUCUCUGCCGGUGCCCCCCCGUGGCGCCCCUCCCCCUGCCGUCGGACCGCCCCCACCGGCCGCACCCCAGAAAUCUGGCCGCGCUUCCAACAUCAUUCCCAAAGGAAGCAUCACAAAGCUCAGCGGGCUGGUGCUGCUGUGUAAGGUGUGCGGCGACGUGGCCUCAGGGUUCCACUACGGGGUCCAUGCCUGCGAGGGUUGCAAGGGCUUCUUCCGCCGCAGCAUCCAGCAGAACAUCCUCUACAAGAAGUGCCUGAAGGACGACGGCUGCCCCAUCAUGCGCAUUAACCGCAACCGCUGCCAGCAGUGCCGCUUCAAGAAGUGUCUGCUGGUCGGGAUGUCCCGGGACUCUGUGCGUUUUGGUCGCAUCCCGAAGCGUGAGAAGCAGCGCAUGCUGCUGGAGAUGCAGAGCGCCAUGAACAACAUGAUGACCAACGGCGAACUCCACGCCAACCAGCAGCUCGCCAUCGCGCCGGUGGCCCCCCCAGCCCCCCCCGCUGACCCCGUGGAGCCGGACCCGGUUCCGGCGGUCGCCAUGGACACGGGCCCCAGCUCCGCCUCCGACAGCGGGGAGGAGGAGGUGAUCGGCUCGGUGACGCGGGCCCACCGCGAGGACUUCAUGUACAACCAGGAGCAGGGGCGCGGCCUCUCCUCCGGUGGGACCCCCCCCUCCCCCUUGGACCUCCAGGACGGCGGCGUGGGCGUCGCUGAUGGCAUCAAGGUGUCUUCCUAUAGGACGCCGGGCACGGAGGAGCGGCAGGAGGCCUGGACCAACCUCCACAACAACCUGUCCACUGUCGCCGCCCAGGGCCCCCCGACCGCAGGCGGCUCUGGCCCUCAGGGGCCUGAGGCCCUCAGCCCGGGGGAUCGCUGCCCCUACAGACUGCCUUACAUCUCCCCCGGGGGCCAGUGCCCGGCCAACCACCACGGCUCCUUCAAGGGCCCCCCCCACCACGCCGUCGGCGGGGGCAACAGAAUGCACCUGGUGUGUCCCAUGAACCUGUCCCCCCACGUUGACCCCCACAAGUCGGGCCAGGGCGUGUGGGCCGAGUUCUCCCAGAGCUUCACCCCUGCGGUGCGGGAGGUGGUGGAGUUUGCCAAGAAGAUCCCGGGCUUCAGGGACCUGUCGCAGCACGACCAGGUCAGCCUGCUGAAGGCUGGCACCUUCGAGGUGUUAGUGGUGCGCUUUGCGUCGCUGUUCGACGUUAAGGAUCGCACCGUGACCUUCCUGGGCGGCAGGAAGUACGGCGUGGAGGCGCUGCGGGCCAUGGGCGCCGGAGAUCUGCUCGCCUCGAUGUUGGACUUCAGCCAGAAGCUCAGCAGCCUGGGCCUGAGCGAGGAGGAGAUGAGCCUGUUCACGGCCGUGGUUCUGGUGUCCGCAGACCGCUCGGGCAUCGAGAACGUGAACUCGGUGGAGGCUCUGCAGGAGACUCUGAUCCGGGCGCUGCGCAGCCUGAUCUCCAAGAACCACCCGCCCAGCGACACGGCCGUGUUCACCAAGCUGCUGCUCAAGCUGCCCGACCUGCACACCCUCAACAACAUGCACUCGGAGCAGCUGCUGGCCUUCAAGGUCCACUCCUGAACCACCCCCGGGUGCGGAGCCGCCCGGCGUGGUGGUAGGACACCGCCACACCCAUCAGCAGCUCGCAGGAACCUGCAAUCACACCUCCGUUUCAUUGGACCUCUGACCUCCUUUGACGCCGCCACUAGCGCAGCUAUCUAGCGCCAUGUCCCCCAGAGGUCUGGAGGACAGGGAGCUGGACUGAAGAGGCCCCCAAGUAUGACCUGGGGCCCGGGCUGCUGCAGACCGUGAAACGUCAUUAUACUGUAGGGCUGAAAGGCCUUUGUUGUGGGGACACAGACCAACGAAGGCACUGACUCCAUGUUAUAUAUGUUAUAUAUAUUUAGUUUCUCCUUGUGUUAGGUGUGCGAGUGUAUAGCAAAUGAAAAAAAAUAUUUUUGCAGAUGUUAGGAGCGUCUGCUUUGUAUAGUGUAGACUUGGUUGGCAUUAAUAGUGCAAUAUGUCACUGCUUCUGGCUGUUUCCUCCUGCUCCAGGAGUUGCCGGUGGCCUGGAGGCAGAAGUAAGACAGAAGAGACAAUAAAGGAGAUGAAAUGAUUGGAAUGAACUGAGCAGCCACCAGAUUGGCUGAAAUAAUAAAACGACCAAGAAUGUCUUUGUUAGACAACGGCUCAGUGCGUCUGAAUAUAAUUGGAGUACGAAAAAGAGUGGAACCUAAUAUGAUCUUUGUUUUAUAGGUAAUUCUUUGAUUCGAUUUCUGUUUUUAAUAGAAUAACUUAUCUCUCUGUUCCUCGCUCCACAACCUCAUUCAGGAAUUGUGGCAAAAACAAUGACAUUCCACAGAAAACCACCUUAUCAUUAGAACACUUAUACCUUUUGUGGUUGGGCAAAGAUCUUCCCUCUAGUUUUUAUUUCUUUGUUGUUUUCCUAACAAUGUAGAACCAGGUCUCUGGACCUGGAUUUAUCAGGGUUUAAGGAGGAAAAAACUUUUAAAUCUUCCGCACCUCCGCAUUUUGAAACAAACGUUGCAUGUAAUUCCCUGUUAGCUCGGUGCUGCUCACCUGUUAGCUCGGUGCUGCUCACCUGUUAGCUCGGUGCUGCUCACCUGGUAGCUCGGUGCUGCUCACCUGGUAGCUCGGUGCUGCUCACCUGUUAGCUCGGUGCUGCUCACCUGUUAGCUCGGUGCUGCUCACCUGUUAACUGGCCCCCUGGUGGGCCCUCUGGUGCCCCCCUAGCCCUCUGGGGGGCCCCAAACUUACUCGACAGCGUGUGAGUGUGCACGAGGAUGAGGAGAUGGUCUUUUGUGGAGGACUAACCUGCGGAGGGCUAAGGGCUGCUGUCGGACAUUACAGUUCAGCUGAAGCUGUUUUGGUAUUUUUGAAAUUGUCAGUUUGUUUGUUUGGCCUUUUGAAUGCUGAUACUUAUAGCUUAUGUCUUUGUGAUGUGUAGGUGUAAUUACAAUUUACUGUGAAAGGAAUGCAGUAAUUCUAUAAAUAGAUAUUAUAUAUUAUAUAUACAUAGUGCAUAAAUAUACAGAUGAAUAUAUCUAUAUAAAUACAUUUUAUAAGUGCAAAAGGGUAGUAUUUAUUUCUGGUUAAGUUUGUGUUGAGCGUCUUUGGUUCAUCCUCUCUAUGUAGAACGCUCUUCUUCUGCCUGGCUCUUAUGGGAAGACCCAUUUACUUCAGAAAAUACAAUGAAGUUGUUAACGACUUAUUAGAGUCUAGAGAUUAAAAUCUCUGUGCAUCACUAAAUUAAUGAUAUGGAUAGGAAAUAGCAAAUAAAUCUUGCU